AUGCCUCCGACGGUGGAUGUUCUCGUGCCAAAGCUCUUUAGCCUCGGUGCCCCAAAAGUCACUAGACUAAAUAGGAGAUAUGUUUUAUUUCUCAAUCUAGUUGUCUACCGGGGCUUGUCUGCUCGUGUGAUAAGUGCUCUCGUGGCUCAGGUAUUUGUGCUCUGUGUCCUCCUGAUCCUGUGGAACACAGACAUUUGCUUGCACAAGGAGAUAGACUUUAUCGAGCACUUCGCUGGCUCUGCUACACUGACCCACGAGGCUCGUGCAUCAGGGUUUCGAGCAGCAGCUUUGGACAAGAUCUACGGGCAGGGCUUGGAUAUUCUAGAGCCAAGUGGCUUUGGGAAAUAUACCACCAACUUCGCGAGAAGAAUGCUGCACCUCUUCGACGACUUGAAAGAGCAGCCUGGGACAUUGAAAGUGCAGCUUCGCAGUGCUGCAACCGGUGCCGAUGCAAUGGACAUGUUUGCUAGUGCUUCCUACGAUGAUAUGUGCAGUGAUGCAAAUCUUAGAGAAGUGGUGAUCUACUUGAGGGGGUGCCGUGGCCUCCAGAUCCCGCCAGCUUGGCGCCCGCUGUUGCCGGACCGCACUUGGAGCGGCUCAUCGAUGCUGGCCGGCCUGCAGAGCGUGAAGCAGGAACUGCCGGAUGACCCGGCCACGCUGCAGAUGAUGAUUCAGGAGAUGCAGGCGAAGUUGGUUAAGCAGCAAGCUCCUGGAUCUCCGACACCAACUGUGCCAGCAACAGAGUCGCAACUUCAGAGUGCGGGGCUGACUGCAGCUACAGAGGAGCCCGUGCAGGAGACCGACGACAAGCCGUGUCUUUCUGAUGCCUACAUGGUGAGCAUAUCCGAUGAUGAGAAUGAUGAGGACCUCAAGGCUGAUGAUGACCAGCAGACUAUGCUGUUGCAGCUGAUCCAGGCCCAGCAAGCUAUGAUUGACAACUUGAAGCAGCAGAAGGCAACCGCCCAACAGCCCCAUCAGUUGCCUCCUGCUCCUGAGCCCGUGGCCCGUGAAGAGCCCCAGCAGCAAGUUUCGCCACCUCCAUCAUCCGACAAGAACAAGGAGCCUCCUGGCCAAGCUCCUGCUGAGCAGCAGGAGCCUGAGAAGGAGACCAAAGGGGAGGAGCUCAAAAUGUGGAGGAGGAAGUGUGCGGACAAGGUCAUUCAAUGGUGCAGGGAGAACCAACCCGCCCAGAACAUCAGGAUGAACAAGUACGACAAUGAGCUCGAGGAGUUCUGGUGUGACAAGCGCACCUCUGGACGGCACGGGUUAUCUGAACGAGAGGGCCUCAAGGAGUCCACAAGUGCAAGUGGAGCCACGGACAGCCUCGUGAUCGCUGGCAUGAAGGGCAACCUCGAUCAGUCCUGGGAGCGGCAGACCCCGGGAAAAUGUGAGAUCGAAGCUCCCAAGCCGGCUGUAAAGGAUCAAAUCCCCCAGUAUAUGAAAGAGUCCGUGGCGGCCCGGGAUAAGCUGAGCAAGUUCAUUGGCAAGCUCGAUCUAGAUGAUCCUGCUGUGAAAUUGGAACUUCCGAAAUUGACGGAGAUCAUAGACGAACUGGGCAAGAAGUAUGAUGAGCUCGCCGCCAUGCAGGCCGAAGCCAAGAUUGGAUCCGUGAGUGAUGCGCAGCUGGAGAAGAUCGAGAAAGUGUUCGAGCAUGUGAAGCGACAGAUGUCCUUGGCCAUCUCCUCCGAGGUGAAGAACCGGAAGCUCAAGAAGAAGGAGACGCCGAAGCGUGCAGCACUCUCUGAAGAGAAGCCUGAUGCAGCAGCCGCGGCGAAACACGUCGUGACGAUUGCCGAAGCCUUCAGUGGAGAGAGCGAUUGUCCAGCGCUUGCUGAUAUGGCUAAGUGCCCAAAGAAUGAUGCCGAGAAGGCCCUGCAGUCUGUUUUGCAGAAGUUUGAUUUGACUCUGAAUGUGCCGACUACAAAGAAGACCUUUGCUGAGAAUGUUACACUACCAGUCCUGCUGCCAGAAGAUUUUAUCAGUGGGCCGAGACUACAAGAAUUCUGGAGCCGCUACAGGGCAUGGAUGCCUGACCACGAGAUGUGGACGCAUUCUCACUUUGACACUUCAGCUUUGGUUCCGCUUAUGGUUCAUGGGGAUGGCGGGCGUACGUUUAAGAAGGACGAAUUGAUGGUGGUCCAAUUUCAGCCAGUGCUUGGAUUCGGGACCCGGAUAUCACACCCACUGCCGAAGCCAAACAAUCCUGGUGUGAACCUUGGAAAGCAUACCUUUACCACGAGGUUUUUAUAUGGAGUCUUGCACAAAGCAGUGUACAAAGAGGACCCAUCGAGCUUCACACGCUUUUUUGAUACCUUCAUGGAAAACCUCGCGGCAUUGUACCAUCGCGGCCUCAAUCUGCAGAACAAGCAUUUGCAUUUUCUGGUCAUUGGUGUCAAGGGUGAUUUACCCUUUCUCCAAAAGGCCGCCCAUCUGGAGAGAACAUUUCUAAAUGUACGCAAGGCGCCAGAGAAGGCCAGCAGUAAACCAUUAAGCGGGUGCUGUCACCUAUGUUUGGCUGGCACAGCUCGGUUUCCAUUUGAAGAGUUCAACCGGGCCCCGAAAUUUGUGGAGACCAUGGGAGCAUGCAACCCUUAUCCAUGGAGCCAGUUGCCACCAUUUGUGGAGUACAUUCCGCAUGUGAGGGCAAACCCGGCAGCACUGCUUCGCCUUGAUCUGAUGCACAUUGUGCACCUGGGGGUGGGCCGGGAUUAUACAGGUUCCUCGUGUGUUGUGAUGCUCGGCCUCUACGAGGAUGCCACGUCUGUGUCGGAAGCGAUUGAUUGUCUAUCACGUGAUUUGAAGCAGUUUCUACGAGCAACGAAACGCCAACUUCAUUUCCGAUGCCUUUCACGUGAUAUGCUUGGAUAUGCCAAUGAAUCUUCGUUUCCGACAGGUCACUGGUCGAAAGCUGCUGAUACCCCUGUCAUGUUUGAGUUCAUCAUUUGGCUGUUGGAGCAACAUUCAAGCAAGCGCGACCAAGACAAACUUUUGCGGGUCAUUGCUGCUGGAGCGCAUGCUAUGGGCAUUUUCAUGCGCACUGUGCUCGGUGCUGGUUUAUGGCUUACGCGAGACGAGGCGAGUGCCGCCUCUGAGUCUGGACAUCACUUUUUGGCCUGCUACAGCAAAUGUGCCAGCAUAUGCUUUGAGCGCAAGAAAUGCAGGUACAAUUUGACGCCGAAGCUUCAUUUUUGGCAUCAUAUUUGCUUGCAGCUGCAGCAGGAUUUAUCCAGAGCUCCACCUUUGCAAUUCUUUCCAAGUCCCUUAUGGGACGCGAACUUCGCCGAUGAAGACUUUGUGGGACGAGUUAGUCGCUUGAGCAGGCGCAUAAGCCCAAGGUUGCAGAGCCUGCGCACAAUAGGACGUUAUCUGAAUGCCACCAGGCAACAGCUCCGUGCGAGCCAGAGGGACUAG